GCCUCAUUUUGAAACCAAAGCAUGAGUCAAAUAAAGAAAUGGCGGCCACCAUGUAUGAACAUCCAAGCUAUAUUGAGCAAGACAUUUGUGUCUCUCUACCAAACUGUAUGUACAAAAUGACGAACCUCCAGUCAUCACUGAAUAGUUACGACCAGAAGCAGCCACAGUCUCCAGAACUGGUAACGCUUCUACGGAGACAAGAAAAUAUACUGAACGAAUUGGAUACCCUUAAAAAACAACUAGAUGCUCUUGAAAAGAAAGUUGUUGUCAGAAAAGAAGAUGGAAAAGCAAAAUCAACAGCAGCUUCAAAUUUUACUGAAGUAUCACUUCCAGAGGUGAAAGAAGAGCUUGAUGUAGUGAUCACAGCCAAUCCAACAAAGCCUCCAAUCAGUGCAUUGUUGCUACUUGAUUUUUUCAAACAAAAUGGAAUCAAAGUUACAUCUGCUUUCCACAAACACUCUUCACUUAAAGAAGAUCUACCAGAUAAAUUAAUGAAAUGUUUCACCAACCAUCAACUGCUGGUUCAACCACAUCAAAUGCUAAAUUUUACCUUUAUCUGGAAGGAGGAUCUUUUCGGCCCAUCGUUGAUUGUGUCUCCCAGAGUUCAAACUCCAAUCAAAGGUGAUGCCAACAUUGCAAGAUACUUGUGUCGCAAAUUUGCGCCUCAUUUGUACGAGGGUCUUCAAGAGAAUGAUUUGUCAAUAGCAGAUUCCAUAAUGGAAAUUUCAUCUUCAAAGAUCCUUAAUGGCAGUUUGGAUGACACCAAAAAAGCUUUGAAGUCAUUGGAUAAAUUGGUUGGCUCUGAGAACAUUUGGUUGAUUGGCAACAGAAUGACAAUAGCGGAUAUAGUCUUGUGGUCAGCUUUGCUGGCAAGUGGCAGAACAAGUGCUCUACCACAAAGUCUACAGAAAUGGGCUGGAAAUCUGAAAAAGAUGUUUGUAACACUAAGUAAAGCCUAUAUAUAAAGAGUAUUAUUGUUGUUUAAUAGUAUUUAGUAUGAGUAUUCAAAUAUCUUCUGAAUGCACAAGGAGUUAUCUGCUCUUUGUUUGGUACAGUUCAUGUCAACAUUCUGGGCCUAAAUUUUCAAUCUCCAACCAUAUUUAAUGACAUGAAAAUAUAAAGGAGCUUCAUCUUGUCAUUAAAUUGUUAAGUUUUAUUAUCAAUUGGCAUUAUCACUCUAUCAUAAAGUAUGAACAAAUCUUUUUUAGCUGAAUAGGUAAAGAUUGAAUCAUCUUUUAAAAGUUUUAUUUUAAACAUUUUUCCAACAAACAUUUGAGGUUUUGCUAUCUAGAAACCUAGCCAACACACUCAGGGUGUAUUAAAUUCUAUCAAUUUUGUUUAAAAACUUUUGAUAGAAGAUAACAAUAAUAAAGAUGCAAACGCUGAUAGAAAUGCAGACAAAAAGUUAAUUAAAUCCUCUUCAUAAAACCUUAGGAAUUUCAGAAGCAGUUUUGUUUAACAAAGAUUGAAAGUUCUUGUUGCUCCAGUCUAAAAUCAUACUUUUUGUAUGUAUUUUUGAUCAUUUAAAUUUUUUAGCUAUUUUAGAAUGUUUGAUGCAAUAAAGCCUGCAGUAGAUUUGUGUCCUCCUGUUAUUUGCCUGACUUAUCAUGAUGUGAAACAUUGCAAUUUAACAAAA